GCUUGUGCGGUGACCUGUGACCCGGAAGUGAAACUGUGAUGUGUUCCAGCUAGCUUGCUGCAUACUGAAUUGUGCACUCCGUGUGUUUUGUUAUCACUUUAUUUUUGGUAUGCCCUCUGCUGUCAGCGCUUGUCCUGUUGUACACACGUGAUCAAUGACGGCUUUGGUCAGCCAUGGCUGUCGUGUCAUGGAAAGAGAUUUUACUUUUGACUGGACUGGUGGUGGGGUGUUACUGGAACAGUCUGUCAUGCGGCUUCGUGUUUGAUGAUGUCUCAGCCAUCCUUGACAACAAGGAUCUACGGCCUGCAACCCCUCUCCGCAACCUCUUCCUCAAUGACUUCUGGGGAACACCCAUGGCUGAGGAGAGGAGCCAUAAAUCUUACAGACCCUUGACCGUGCUCACCUUCAGACUGAACUACCUCUUCAGUGAGCUGAGUGCAGCUUCCUAUCACCUGCUCAAUGUUGUCUUACACGCCGUAGUGUGUGUUCUUUUCCUGCGAGUCUGCCGGUUGUUCCUGGACAGGACUUCCAGCUUGGUGGCAGCCUUGUUGUUUGCUGUCCAUCCCAUCCACACUGAAGCGGUCACAGGUGUGGUUGGCAGAGCUGAACUCCUGUCUUCAAUCUUCCUCCUGGCUGCUUUCCUAGCCUACACAAAAUCAACAAGUGCAGACCAUUCAAUUGUUUGGACUCCCAUUGCACUGACUGUUGUUCUAGUGGCUGCUGCAACACUCUGUAAGGAGCAGGGAAUCACCGUCGUCGGCAUCUGCUGUGUCCAUGAAGUGUUUGUUGCUCAAGGGUUCACCCUGCCCAUGCUGCUGGACACACUCCGGCAGGUCCUGCAGGGUAAAGAUGGUUUCCCCUACGCUGUCCUGCAAACUCUGCUGAAACUCAUCGUCCUCGUCAUCAGCACCCUGCUGCUCGUCAUCGUCAGGGUCCAGGUCAUCCAGUCCCAGCUCCCUGUCUUUACCAGGUUUGAUAACCCAGCAGCAGUCAGCCCCACUCCCGCCAGACAACUGACUUUCAACUACCUGCUUCCUGUGAACGCCUGGCUGCUGCUGAAUCCCUCUGAGCUCUGCUGUGACUGGACCAUGGGUACCAUCCCUCUGGUGGAGUCGCUGCUUGACCUUCGUAACCUGGCCACCCUGGUGUUCUUUGCCUGUAUGGGCUUUCUGGCUUACCACAGCCUGCGCUACAGAAACAGCUCUGCCAAGACUGUCAUCAUGGCACUGUCUUUGAUCGUCCUGCCCUUCAUCCCUGCGUCCAACCUCUUCUUCCCCGUGGGUUUUGUGGUGGCAGAGAGGGUCCUUUAUGUGCCCAGUAUGGGCUUCUGUGUUCUCGUUGCACAUGGAUUCAAAAUGGUCUCACAGAAAGGAAACCUGAAGAAGAUUUCCUGGUUGAUAAUUGGGGUGCUGUUGACCACACAUGCAUUGAAAACAUUCAACAGAAAUUGGGAUUGGGAGUCAGAAUACACCCUCUUCACCUCAGCCCUGAAGGUCAACAAGAACAAUGCUAAGCUGUGGAACAAUGUUGGCCAUGCUUUGGAGAACCAAAAUAAUUACGGGAGGGCUCUGCAGUAUUUUCUCCAGGCCACUCGCGUCCAGCCAGAUGACAUUGGUGCUCACAUGAAUGUUGGGAGAACCUACAAGAACCUGAACAGAUCCAGAGAGGCAGAAGAGGCCUACCUGGUUGCCAAAUCCCUCAUGCCCCAGGUUAUCCCCGGUAAGAAGUACGCGACACGUGUGGCCCCCAACCAUCUGAAUGUUUACAUAAACCUGGCCAAUCUGAUCCGAGCAAAUGAAUCACGGCUCGAGGAAGCCGACCAGCUCUAUCGACAGGCAAUCAGCAUGAGACCAGACUUCAAACAAGCCUACAUCAGCAGAGGGGAGUUGCUGCUGAAGAUGAACAAGCUGACAGACGCCCGCGACGCCUACCUCAGGGCGUUGGAGCUUGACCGCACCAACGCCGACCUGUGGUACAACCUCGCCAUCGUCAACAUCGAGAUGAAGGACCCGUCGGAAGCCCUGAAAAACUUCAACCACGCCCUGGAGCUUAACCCUCGCCACAAGCUGGCGCUCUUCAACUCGGCACUUCUCAUGCAGGAGUCUGGUGAGCCAAAGUUCUGGCCUGAGGCUAACCGUCGUUUCCUGACCUAUGUGGAGGAGGAGCCUCAGGAUGCGAACGGCUACUUCAACCUGGGCAUGCUGGCCAUGGACGCAAACGAAAACCCAGCAGCCGAGCGCUGGAUGCGGAAAGCCAUCGGUUUGCAGGCCGGCUUCCGCAGCGCUCUGUUCAACUUGGCGUUGCUUUACUCUCAGUCCAAACGGGAGAUCGACGCUCUGCCCGUGCUGGACGAACUGCUGCGCCACCACCCGGAGCACAUCAAGGGCCUGAUCCUGAAAGGCGACAUCCUCAUGAAUCACAAGAAGGACACGCACGGUGCGAAAGAGUGCUUCGAGCGCAUCUUGAGCAUGGACCCCACCAACGUGCAGGGCAAGCACAACCUCUGCGUGGUCUACUUUGAGGAGCGGGACCUGCCGCGGGCCGAGCGCUGCCUGGAGGAAACCCUGGCCCUGGCACCGAACGAGGAGUACGUGCGCCGACACUUGAGCAUUGUACGGGGAAAAAUGGCCGCCAUGAGUGCGGCGGGGCAUCCUCUCACUGCAACAGAGGGAGCCACUGUGUCGGCUGAGGAGGAGAAGAAGCCAAAGAGAGUUGAGGAGGAGGAGGUGGCUGAGGAAGAGGAGGAGGAGGAGGUUGUUAAGGGAGGGGAGGAAGGGAGGGGUGCCGAUGAUGAGGAUAGUGGAAAGGGGGCUGGGGAGGGGAAGAAUGCACGGAAAUCCUCUGCAGAAAGCCUGGGAGGCAUGGGCGUGGACCAGGCAGAGUCGUUGGAAGGCAGCCAGCCUGACAAGCGGACUAAGGGUAAGUCCACUCAAGAGAUUAAUGAUAUAGAGGAAAAAAGAGCAGCUGCCUUGAAGAGACUAGAGGAGAUUGAGCGCAUAUUAAGUGGUGAUUGACACUGUUGUAACUUAUAGUGGGACUUCUUUUUAUACAGCUCCAGGAUAAGACUGCAUUCACCCCCCCUCCUCCCCUUUAGACAUGUGUAUACUUAAUCAACUGUGGUGUUAUUCCUUUGAUUUUGCUGUUUUCACACUAAUCAUGUAAAGAAGGGAAAUGUACGCGCACAUGAAACACAUUAAGCACAAAAGCCAACUUGGGAAAAAUCUAUUUAAAGCUUGCUGCGAGACGUGGAUGCCGAUGUGUGUGCUUCAUCUGAACAUGAUGUCACAUAUCAUGGAUCUGCAAGUCGUUCUAAAUCUGUUUUGUUUUUCCAUGUGUAGUCAUUGUUUAUCACUGGAUAUUCUUUUUUCUCUGAGAUGUGACUCACUCCUGUGUGUUAUUGUUCGUACAAACACAAUGAUUGUAUCAGACAAUUAAAGGAAAUGACGUGUCCCCCCCAGAUUUCCUCUAAGCAGGAUGAUUUCUGCGCCAGAGUUCGCACCUCAAAAUAGGGAGGGGAAAGAACCUUUACACAACAACAACAACAGCAUCAGCAGCAGGCCUUUGCUCUCUUCCAGCAAUGUCUUCUAAUCUCUAUUGAUCUCACUCAGCUCUUCCUGCCUCUACAUCAUCAGCCUCGGCGCUCACAGCUGCUUCAACCUCCAAAUUUCAUUGUGAUCCCAUCUGAAGACGAUUAUCUCACUCUCUCUUGUCACAUUACCCCCAUGCAUCUCCCAGCCUUCCCCCAUUCUUCUACACACAACAGGCACAUCAGAGGUGGAUGUUUUUUUCCUGUUUUCACUCUCUCCAGUACUCACUCUCUGGUGAUUGUGAUCCCAUUUUAGUCUGCCGGACGGGUCCAAAAAGUCACAUCCCCAUCGCCAGGCUGCGUCAUGUGUUCUCGUUUUCCUCUUCACUUAGGGGGGGGGCGGGGGUGGAUUUGCACAGCACAUAAGUAGAAAACAAAUAAACUCCUUCAUCCCUUUUCACAGUGAUUAGUGUUUCAGCUCCCUGACUCUAAAAUUUUAAUCAGAAUGUUCCGCAUGCCAAUUAUUCGCGGUAGCCUUUGUUUUCACUUUUCUUUCACAGCUGGGAUCAAUCCAAAAACUCAAAACACGGACGGGUCGGGAGCAACUACUGACAUAAAUUAUCACAUGAGGGAGAUUUUUAGGAGUCAGAGGAGUCCCGUGACAAACGGGAUAAAUCUGAAAGAGAGUGAGGGAAUAUUUGGGAUUCUGAGGAGUUGUAACGCGAGUAGAGAAAUUGAAAAUAUCAAGACGAAUACAUAUCAAAUUAUGAAAAGCAGAAACUUGUGUUAAUGAUUUUUAAUGCAUUGCAAUAAGGAUGUUCCAACGUUGAGCAAAACAUUUAAAUCCUGAAUGAUCGACCGGUCUAAAGGCUGGUUUAGACUUCUGUGUCGCCCCUACACAGAAGUGGUCGACGUGGACGUGAGCACCAUAUUCUUUGCGUCGAUGCGUCCGUGUCAGGCAGCAAUCCUCCGCCGAAGCUCUUGAGUUUGGGGCCCGCUAUUCAGAGCGUGUACUGUUAAUUUAGAGCUGAUACAUGUUGCUGUUUAUCAUGCAGACCUGAUUACAGGGAAGAAUAGAGAGGAGGAGAUGAAAUACACGGCUAAUGAGCAGGGAAGUGCCGUAAAUGCUGUCGAGUGAACCAAUCACAUGGCUUGCAGUCUGCGUCCAUUCAAUGCAUGGUUACAUUUUGGAGGAGAUGCACGUCAGCUACGUGCAUAGGCCUCUGCGUAGGUACGGGAGCUACGCAGGCCUCCAGUGUAGGCUACACCGUUGAUUCAACGCAGAAGUGUAAAUCAAGCUUUAAAGAAAGACAACAGAUAGAAAACAGUCAAAUUUGAGCUCAAUGUUUAAUUUUUUUUAAGUUAUAUUUUUGGGCCUUUAAUCGAUAGGACAGCUGAAGAGAGACAGGAAAUGUGGGGAGUAGAGAGAGGGGGAAGACAUGCAGGAAAUGGUCGUGGCCGGGAGUUGAACCGGCGACCACUGCAAUGAGGACCUUAGCUUCUGUAUGUGAGGCGCUUAGACCGCUAGGCCACCAGCGUCCCUGAGCUCAAUGUUUUACAAACAGAUAAACAUGGGAUCACAUCAUCUGCAGGUAAUUGAUGUCUUACUAGUAUGCUAAAAUCCUGGCUAAUGUUCACACUGAAAUACAUGCGACAGCAAGUCAAUAUAAAACUGCAUGAAAUUAACGUCUCUAUUUGUGAAAUGCACAUUUACUUUUUGUAACAGUGCUCAUUUGAGUACUGAAAACUUCAGAAGUGCACACAUCUCUCCUGCUGUUGUUCCUUUAGAUUCUUCCUUCCAUUGGUACACUACAACAGUUUACACCCCAGCGUGACUGGCUUCUUCCUCUGUCUGAUCACUUCAAAAAAUAGCAGGCCAAUGAAUAAUAAUCUCAAAAACACAGCUCAGUCUAAAGUCAAGCUCUGGUCAUUUCAAAUUAGCAGAAUUCACCCCACUUUGCAAAGAACAACUGUUAGAAUCACCCUUCUUUAAAGUCCUCCUCACAUCCCCCAUGAUGCUCCUGUGUUGGCUUCACAGUGCAAUAAUUAGUUUCAGUACCAUGACUCUGCUCAGUGCAAUUCUUGAUGGUGGAUUGAAAGUAAAGAAGCCUGAUUACUGUAAGUGAGGAGCAGUGUGUUGGUACUAAGGAGCCUUGCUAUGCAUUGACUGUGUUCAGCCUGUUAACUAAGUGUACAUAUAUUUACAGUGUACUCGUAUCCAGUGUUAUUUAUUUUGUAUGCACUGCAAAUGCUGUUUGUUUUAUUUACCACUGACAGUAUGCUUUAAACUCAUGACCUGUAUUAUUUUUCAUUAAUAAUCUUUCAAUAUGUGUCCGAUCAAGUGUGAAACAUGUCAUUGAUCUUUUCACUUUUCAACAACAGAGCCUCCCAUGUCAGUGUUUGAACGUGUACGAAAUAUAUUCAAGCGACACUUGGUACAUCUUUGAAUGAGAACGCAUCUUAACUGCAAUAUUUUCUGUUACGCUUCGUUUUGCUGAGUGAAUGAUUUUUGUACAAUUUUAAGAUUAUUUUUAUGCAAUUGCCCUUGGUGGUGGGGGUCUAGGUUAUUAAAUAAAUUGAAAUAAAAUCUCAUGGCUUUGUU